CUGGGGGUGCAAGUACAACCCCACAUCUUUCCUUCUUUCCCUCUCAAUAUAACCACGCAUAAACCCCACAAAAAGUAAGCUCAUACACACCCUUCCCUAAGUCGCUGGUUCGCUUGAUUUAUGCCAAUUCAAAAGGGCUAAUUUUUUUUCGUGGGGCUUUGAAACCAUUAUUUGAUUAUGACCCGGUUUCUAUUUCCCAUAGAUCUCUCUCCGCUCCUCCUUAAAUACCACUCUCCCUCCCCUCCUCUCCUCUCCCCCUCUCUCUGCCCUAAUUUUGAUGCUUCACUGAAACACACCCUCUCUUCAACUUCAUUGUUUAUGUAUGUAUGGUGUCCAUGGGGAAGGCAAGCUAUGAUGGAAGAUUUAUACGGGCUUUUAGUCCAACUUUGAAGGCUAGAUUCUGUAAGGGUAGCAUUGUAAUUUUCAAAAGAAACAGGUUCUCUCUGAAAGCGAAGGUUUGUGUUCAGAAAGAAAUCUUCUUUCACAUACAGAGUUAUGCACGUUUAUGUUGGGGCGGGGACAAGAUUUAUGAUGUCGUUCUUCCACCAGACAGCACAUUUCUCUUUUUCCUAUGUUUCACGUGCAUAUAUACCAGUGGGCUAACCUCGCAUGGCGAGGGCAAAACAAUUUUUUAUCUCAAAAGCAUGUUGGGUUUUGCCAUGAUGGGCUCUCAGAUUCUUUCUCGGCGUGUCGGGUACAAUUUCUGUGGAAUUGGACCUCAUGGGGAUGCCCCUUGGUACCCUAAUCUUCUUCGGAGAGUAAAAGUAGGUCAGAAUGCAGCUGAUGUUAAAACUCAUGCGCACAGAUAUACUGCAAGAAUCAUAUGA